AUGGCUUCCUCUCCCACCGAGAAGGAGGGUAGCUUGGUCGCUGGGGCGACUCGGCGUAUCUCGCAGUCUUGGAUCUCGUCGCCGUACCCCUCUUCCUCUCCUCCUUCUCCUCCUCCUCCUCCUCCUCCAUCCUCCACGGCGGCAGCGGCGGGUGUCCCACCUCGGACGGCCUCCACGGUCGGCGCUUCGCUACUCCGCGAUUAUGCCCUGCAUAUAGACCCGUCACAGACUCCGAACGAGACGUCGGCGGGAGACGCUUCCAUCACCCAGACGACGGCGAAACACCGGGGGGAAAUUGUGACACAGACGGUGGAGCUGCGGCGGGAGGAAUCGCUGCUGUCGCUGCCGCCGACUCCGUUCCUGCCGUUGCGUACGGCGAAAUCGUUUCCCAGCCGCCACAAAACCUCGCUGUCGACCGACUGUGUGCCCCGGCAGACAAUCAUGAAGGCGCUGGCGUCGCGGUCCUCGUUGCACCCGCAGAACAAUCCCAACCCGGCCUGCUCGAUGCCGCUGGCGGCCUCGCGGGCGGGCUUCGGCUAUCCUAAUACCAGUGCCAGCAGUACCAGUACGAGCCCUCCGACCGAGGAAAAAGACGGCAAAAGCGGCGGGGCGUCGUCACGGCGGCUGUCGGCGGCCCUGGCGAAUCUACAGCUCAGUGGGCUGCUGGAUCGGACGUCGGCAUCGGCCCGGCUGGCGCUGCAGUCCCCCUGCUUCUUCCACCAGCGAUUCGACGACGCGGUCAAUAUCCAAAAGGUGCUGGAAGAGAUCACUGACGACGACUGGCUGUCCCACUCACGGCUCGUACAGACGGCGACGGGCGUGCGUGAGGUGUCGAAGCAGCUGCAGCGGCGGCCGAUCAAGCGGGCGGUCCGGAACGUGAUGAUCGUGACCAAGGCGCGCGACAACAGCCUGGUGUACCUGACGCGCGAGCUGACCGAGUGGCUGCUGGCGACGCCGCGCUACGGCAGUGAUCUCGGGGUGAACGUCUACGUGGACGCCAAGCUGCGGCAUUCAAAACGCUUCGACGCGGCGGGUCUGCUGCAGCGGGAGCCGCGCUUCCAAUCCAUGCUCAAGUACUGGACGCCCGAUCUUUGCUGGACCUCGCCCGAGAAGUUCGACCUGGUGUUGACUCUCGGCGGCGACGGCACGGUGCUCUUCACCUCCUGGCUGUUCCAGCGCAUCGUCCCGCCCGUGCUGUGCUUCUCGCUCGGCAGCCUCGGUUUUCUCACCAACUUUGAGUUCGAAAGCUACCAGGACCACCUCAACGCAGUCAUGGGCGACGUCGGCAUGCGCGUCAACCUGCGCAUGCGCUUCACCUGCACCGUCUUCCGCAAGGACCGCAGCAAGGGCGCCGACGCCGACACCGUCGAGGAGGGCGAGCAGUUCGAGGUCCUCAACGAACUCGUCAUUGACCGAGGGCCCUCGCCCUACGUCUCCAACCUGGAGCUGUACGCCGACAACGAGCUCUUGACUGUUGUCCAGGCGGACGGCUGUAUAUUUUCCACGCCGACAGGUUCCACGGCAUAUUCACUAUCCGCCGGGGGCUCGCUGAUCCACCCGUCGAUCCCCGGCAUCCUGCUGACACCGAUCUGCCCGCACACGCUUUCCUUCCGGCCGAUGGUGCUGUCGGACAGCCUGCUGCUGCGGAUUGCGGUGCCCGUCGCGUCACGGUCGACGGCGUACUGCUCCUUCGACGGCAAGGGCCGGGUGGAGCUGCGGCAGGGCGACUACGUGACCGUCGAGGCCAGCCAGUACCCGUUUCCGACGGUGGUGGCGAACAGCGGGGAAUGGUUCCAGAGCGUGCAGCGCGCGCUGCGCUGGAACACGCGCGGGGCGGUGCAGAAGGGGUGGACGGACGGCGCGGGCGAGACAGACCCGGGGGAGACGGCGAGUCCUGAAGAAUGGGACAUUGACACCGACGCCGGGCUGAACGGGACGGACAGUGGCAUCGGGCCCAGCGAGGAUGGCGACUGCACGAGUCCGACGAGACGGCAGAACACGCUUAUCAACCUCAUCAAAACCAUCGACCAGCGCACAGUCGACAUCGAUGAUGGCCACGGUCUCCCCGGCGACAAGCACCGGCACGACGAUCUCGCUACGACUCUCCGCGUCGCAGGCAAUAUGGCCUGGGAACUGCUCCACGUCACGCACGAGAACCGUCUCGCGCCUGGCCGCGGCAGUCCCGCAGACACCCCUUCCGAACCGGAUCUCCUGGCAGGCUGGUUUCCCAUGGAACGGCCCUAG